AUGGUGAUCACCAGCAAGAAGAAGCCCUCACCUCCUCAGGAACAGCCUUCCGCCUCGUCUUCUGACGUCGGUGGCCGUCGUAAACGUCCUUCUUUCAGAAAUGUGGUGCUUGAGGUGAUGAAUUUCAGCAAAUUCAGCAAGUACAUGGAGCCGAUUUUGGAGCCCUUAAUCCGCAAAGUUGUGAAAGAGGAAGUGGAAUCAGCAAUUGAAAAACAUAUGGCUGCCAUGAACUGGGAUAUCGAGAACAAAAAAGACUCUUUUGCCCCUAGAAGGCUACAACUACAGUUUCUAAGUAAUCUAUCUCUCCCAGUUUUCACUGGAACCCGAAUCGAAGGAGGAGACUGUAAUACCUUAAAAGUAGCCUUGAUUGAUGCAUGCACUGGAAAAACAGUUCCAAGUGGAAUCGGGUCAUCAGCAACAGUGGAAAUAGUGGUUCUUGAGGGAGAUUUUGAUUGCAAUGAAGGAGACAACUGGACAGUUGAUGAGUUUAAUAGUAAUAUUGUUAGAGAGAGACAAGGGAAGAAAUCACUUCUUUUGGGUAAUGUACGCUUGAAACUUGAUCAAGGUAUUGGUCUUGUGGGUGAUCUUUCCUUUACUGAUAAUUCAAGCUGGACAAGGAGUCGAAAAUUUAGACUUGGAGCACGUGUUUUGGAUAAUUCUGAUGAUGAUAGAGUCAGAGAAGCAAAGUCAGAGUCUUUUGUGGUCAGGGAUCAUCGUGGUGAAUUGUACAAGAAGCAUCACCCACCGUAUCUGUCUGAUGAGGUAUGGAGACUUGAAAAAAUUGGGAAAGAGGGAGCCUUCCACAAGCGGCUAAAUAAAGAUUCCAUCAAAACAGUAAAAGAUUUUUUAGCUCUCUUCUAUAUCGACCCAAAACGCCUUCGAAAAAUCCUUGGGUCGGGUAUGUCUACCAAAAUGUGGGAAACAACUGUUGAACAUGCUAAGAGCUGUGUGGUUGAUGAUAAAAAGCUGUAUUUAUACUGCCCUCGAUCUCUAAACAGAAAUGGUGUUGUGUUUAAUGUUGUGGGUCAAGUACUUGGACUUCUUUCAGACUCAAAGUAUGUUGCCAUUGAGAAGCUCUCUGAAGUUGAACGGGCUGAAGCAUAUAAAUUGGUGAUAUCUGCGUUUCAACAUCCGGAAAAAAUCGUCCCCUAUGAUGAUGAGGCCUCUCUUAGAACAGGCACUUGUUCUAUCUCUGAAGAUAUUUACCCUUCAAACACCAAAAUGAUAACAACAAGAGACCCCGAAUUCAGCAAAAUUAUAACUCCACAUAAAAAAGGCCGAUUCGAUUACCCACAAAUGAUCGCAUCAUCUCCAGAAGCUAUGUCAUCGAUUUAUUCGGUAUUGGGUAUCGAUAGCACAGAUGAAUACGGGUUACAUAGUAUGGAAUCUGAUGAUCUUAGGUUUGAUCAACCAUUGAAUUUAGUAUCGGAUACUUUGAUUUGUGACGCGGGGACUUUAAAGAGUCAUCAUGAUGAUGAUGAGGAUAUGCAGUAUUUUGGUACUUCUUCUUCUACACAGAAGGUGGAUUUGGAGUGUGCGGUUGAUGGGUUUUUCUUUCCCCAUUCUGCUAUUGGUAAAGCUCAAAGGAGAUGGAAGAUUGUGUCUAGUGUGUUGAAAUGGCUAUCGCUCAUGUUAGAGAUACGUGAGAGAGAUAUUAAGUACUCGGGCUCACCAUGAAAAUAUGGUUUGUGUAAUUGCUGCCCGGUUUUGAACAUUGUGUGCAGUUUUAGGUGGUGAGAUGUUGGAAAUAUUUGGUUAAAAGCGUGUAUAGAAACAUGUAUUUAGUUGUGUAUUUAUUCUAGUAUCUAUCUGCAAAGGGUUAUUCUUUCAGCAACCCUGUGAGGUUGGCCUACAUCCUCAUGUGCACCCCAUGAGCAUCAUGCAGGUGAAAUCAGUUGUAGUCGGUCACAAAAGCCUAAUCACUGGGGUGCAUGUAUAAUACUAAUUAUAUGUAUGAGAUCCGACCGGGUUGGAACCGAAAAGUACGUAAUCUCCAAAGUAGUUAAUGAC